AUGGAAUUAGAUAAGCUCACUAAGCUUGAAGAAUCUUCUCUUUCUAGCGCUUACAUCCGUAGCUUAGUGAAACAACUAACCACCUCUGGAACAAAAGACUCCAUGAAUCCAAAAGACCAAAAGUUUGUUGUGAACGGUGGGGUUUCCCAGGGUCUAAACUCAAAACAUGGGAAAGUUGCACAUGCUCGUCAGGCACAUCAAUCCGCACAACCCCAACGACAUAAAAAACAAGUUAGGAGGAGACUCCACACCAGCAGGCCUUAUCAAGAAAGAUAUUUGAAUAUGGCAGAGGCUCGGAGGGAGAUUGUCACCGCCUUGAAAUUUCACAGGGCAGCUAUGAAAGAAGCAAGGGAGCAGAAGCUGCAACAGCAACAAACCCAAGAACAGCAGCAAAGGCCAUCCGCAUCCCUCCAGCCAUCCCAGUGCCUAACUUUUGACCAAGAUGGAAAAUUCAAGUCUAGGAGAAAUCCCAGAAUUUAUCCUGCAUGCACAUCCAAAUUUUCAGGUUACCUGGAAGAUUUAUCCUAUUCAUGCUUAUCCCAAACUCCUCCUUGGGUUCCAAAUUCUUUCACCUGGCCGGCUGCUUCCCCAAUUACUCCACCACUCCUUAUGGCUGAAAACCUCAAUUUCUUACUUCCAAAACAGACUUUGGGAUUGAAUCUCAAUUUUCAAGAUUUCAACAACUUAGAUGCUACCAUUCUCCUCAAUAACUCAUCAUCAUCAUCCUCUAACUCAUCUGCAACCUCGUCUUCUCCUCCACAGGAACUUCCUUCCCUUAGAAUAUCACAUGGAGAGGGGUUUUCUUCAAUGGUGGAUACUGUUGAAUCCAAUGCUGCAACACAGGUAACUGGAGGCCUACACACAGCCAUGGACGAUGAGGGUAUGGCAGAGAUCAGAUCAUUGGGAGAGCAAUAUCAGAUGGAAUGGAAUGACACCAUGAAUUUGGUCAAAUCAGCAUGUUGGUUCAAGUUCUUGAAAAACAUGGAACAUAGUGCACCUGAAGACAAGACUGAAGAUGAUGAAUACCAUAAUUUUGACCAACUUCUGGAGUUUCCAGCUUGGUUGAACGCAAACGAGAGCUGCUUAGAGCAGUGCUCGGUGGAUUAUUUUGAAGAUUCUUCCUUGCCUUGCAUGGAUAUUGGAGAUUUCGACAGUAUGGAUGACGAUUGGUUAGCGUGA